AACAACAGCAACGAGCCAGUGGAGUCAAGUGCCACGCCCACGUCCACGGCCAGCUGCGAUGAGCCGCCGCCGCCGCCAACUCUGGCCACACAAAUCACAUCAAUCGACGGAUUCUUCAAUCGCAAGCGCGGCAGACCGCCCAAAAAUCGAUUUGUGGAAGUCUAUAAGAGCGCUCAGCAGUCACCUCAGGCCAUCUUCACCAGUUUCAAGUUGGAAAAAAAUGAUCCAUCCUCUGGCUGCGGCCUGGCAAGUUCCUCAGAUGCAGCCGAAGAGCGUCCCAUUGCCUUGAGACUUGGGGCUGGGGCUGGGGCUGGCGCUGGCGCUGGGGAAUCGACUGCAACAGAUCUCACACCUAGUCGUAGCAGAAAGAGAGCCCGCGUUUGGACUGUGGAUCUACACAGAAGUCCCGCAAAUGUGCGCAGUGCCAGUCCUUCUACAGAAAGAACAUCGACGAGGGAAUUACCUGAUAGGGAUAGAUCGCCAGUUCCGCUGAUGUUCACGCAGCCAGCUGCAGUCGGCAAGCCCGUGGAGCGAGUUUCUGUGGUUCGUGCAGCGGGCACUUUCUAUCCAGAGAACGCCAGCUCGGCUCAAGCUGCGGAGUUGACGGACAACUCCGGCAGAUACGGCUCGCUGCCCAGCGCAGAUUGCAGUGCGGAUCAGCCGGAGGAUCUGAGCAUGCGCACCGGCGCAGCGGUCUCAGCGAGUGGGCGUGGCGAGCCGGAGACGAAGCUGCUGCAGUUCAAGCAGCUGCUCGACCUGUACCAGCGGCAGGUGCUGCUGCCCAGUUUCCUGGCUGCGGCCAGCCAACCCGCUGCGCUGGACAUGCGCCUGCUGCUGGAGAAUGCGGCGCAGCAGAAGAUGCUGCUGAUCAAUGCGGCGGCAGCGGGCACGGUGCCAGCAGCUGCAGCUGCAGCGGCCCCAACGGCCGCUCGCGCUGCUGGCAAGCGCGCCAGGGAUCAGGACAUACCCACGGGCUAUCUCAAGUUCCGCUUCAACGAGGACUGCGGCUUCGAGCGCUGCGGCUACCGCAAUCACCAGUCGCAUUUCCACUGCAAUCGGCGCGACUGCCACUACAGCUUCUGCGACAAGACGCGCUUCGUGCAGCACACGGCGCGGCACGAGCGGAUGGACAGCCUCAUGGGCGAGGACUUUCGCCAGUAUCGCGCGAACAUGCGCUGCGGCGUGCCAGACUGCUGCUAUGCCACGCAGGCGACGGCAGCAGGUGCGGCAGACGACAGCCUGGCGUUGGGCGCGCCCAAGAAGUCCUCGCACUUCCACUGCCGUAAGUGCGACUACGUCUGCACCGACUCCAACAAGGUGGUGGCCCAUCGGCGGCUGCACCUGCGACUGGAGUACGUGCGCUCGGCCGGCUUCCGGAAGAUCGCCAGCAACGAGCCCUGCGACUCACCUGGCUGCACCUAUGCGCAGCGGCACACGCACUACCACUGCACCACCUGCGAUUGCAGCGUCCUCUCGCGCGCUCAGCUCGCCUCGCACCGCCACCGGACACUGGGCCAGGCCGCCAAGCAGUUGGCGGAGGGAGCAGCUCCCUCCAGCUCCCCACUGGACGUCGAGGCGUAUCCCUAGGCCAGGGGCUCUGCAAAAGCUACAGAAGCCAUACAAAU